CGAAAAAGUUUUAAAUUUGUAACAAAGUCUAUUCACCCCCCUCUAGACUUUGUAUCUCACCACUUAGGGGACCACCAAUUGGUAUCAGAGCAAACUUCUCCCUAUCUGCUUUUAGAUUAAAGAGAAGAGAUCACAAUGCUGAACAAUAUGGAUCACGGUUUGCCCAAGUUUUCUCUUCUAGGUUAUGAUGACUGGAAGAUCAUGAUGGAAGCACAUCUCUACGCCCUGCAUGUGGACGGUCUUGGGAAGCUAUGUGAGGGAUUAGGGGAUCUGAGAAAGCAGAAGAUAGAGGUUCUGCUUGAGAAGUUCAAAAGCUUCAAGAUGCUUCCCGGAGAAUCAUUUGACUUGUUGGAUGAAAGAUUCCACAAGAUUUUAAAUGAUCUUGCAUCACUUAACCACGUUCUUUCUCCCAAAGAAAAGAAUGUAAGGUUGCUGAGAUCUCUUCCAGCUGAGUGGUAUACCAAAGCCACAGCAAUAGAAGAAGGAAGAAAUCUGGAGAACUACAUUGUCCAAGGUCUCCUAGGCGAGCUCAGAACCUAUGAGCAUGAGCUGGAGAAGAAUAAGAAGGAAGAACAAGUCACACCUUAUCCCACGGCACUGAUGACGAAUCCCAGAGUCACAGCAAGCGAAGGGACAUGUCCAAGGAGCUGUGACACUCCUUCCACCAGCCAACCACCAAGCUCAAAGACGGAGAACUACAAAGAGGAAUUCGCUAUGAUGGUCAAGCAAUUCCGGAAAUUGAAGAAGUUCUUCAAGAAAACUAACUCCACCAGAAGGCCUUCCAAGGGAAAGCUACAGGUAAGUAACUCUCCCCCCGAAUCUUACUUAUGCUAUAACUCCAGGAAGCUUGGUCAUUGGAAGUCAGCAUGUCCAUACCCAAAAGUGGAGAAGUACGGAGAAGGAGAAAAGAAUGAGAAGAAGAAGAAGGCAAUGGUAGCAGCUGAAAGUGACGAGUCAUCCAGUUCAAGCUCGGAUGAGGAAGCCCUCGUCUGCAUGGAGCGCAGAACUGAGAAGUCCAACCAUGAAGAUCGUUGGACAAUGUCAGAAGAUGACAUUCUCUGUCUCAUGGCCAAAGAUGAUGUCGAUCAAGAGGUAACUUCACAAACCUCUUGCUCGUCUUCUUAUGAAAGCAUACUCACUUCUGAGAGUCUUUUUCAGGAGAUAAAUCUCAAACACUCAUCCUUGAAAGAGGAGAACAAGCUAUUGAGUGAUGAGAAUCUCAAGUUGGCUGAAGGUCGGAAAAGUCGACUCAUUGAGAUCACUCAUCUUAAGGUUGAGAAUGAAUCUCUCUCUCAAAAGGUAAAAUCCCUCAACAAGGAACUAGGGAUACUAAAGUCCAAAGAAGUUGUGGAUAAGCUUCUAAAUACGGCCAAAGAGAAGGGUCGUGAAGGACUUGGGUUUGACCCCUCCAGUUCCAAAAGGAAAGGGAGAACAACAUUCAUUCCUCCCAAACCUACUGCCAAACCCAACGAGCAGAAGGGUAAGGAAAAGGAAAAACCAACAAAGGAAGCCACUAAGUACCCAGGUGUCUGGUACUUGGACAGUGGCUGUUCAAGACACAUGACGAGUGAUGCGAGUCUUUUGAGCAAUCUAAUUCCCUAUGAUGGUCCAAGAGUUACUUUUGGAGGAAGCAAUGAUUUCGGCCUUACAAAGGGGCUAGGAAAUCUGGUGUACAAGGGACUAACCAUCCAGGCUGUAUCUUAUGUGGAAGGGCUCAACUAUAACCUUCUAAGCAUAAGUCAGUUCUGUGAUAAAGGUUAUUCUCUGGAAUUCUGCAAGGGCAUGGCAUCCCUCAAGAGCAUCUCCAAAAAUGAAGUCAAUCUCACUAGGAAGAGAAUCAGAAACAUCUACGAAGUAAUGUGAGAAGAUGUCAAGGAAGACUGCCUAAUUUGCAAAGACUCCUAAUUCCUUGUGUUGUCGUUCAACAAUAUAGACAUCUACUUUAA